ACCUAACCUCCAGGCUACAUGUUGACUAGCUUCAUAGUACUUAAAACCCUCGCACUGCUACACUCCGCCUUCGUCGCAUCUUUCUCAAUUUUCAUUAAAGAAGAAAUGGCUUGGCGCUCUUCUGGAUCUCUAUCUCGCGCGCUCAUUUCCUCUGUUAGGUCUUCUUCUCUCCGAUCGUCUCCUUCUCUUCCUCGGCUUCGCCUGCCACCUCUCACCGCUCGACCUCGCCUUUCAUUUUCGACUUCCAGGAAUUUGGGAGAACUGGGAUGCACACAGUCUCUUCUGCCCAUGCACAGCAUCAUGGGUGCUACCUGCCUGACAUCACACCUCUGUGUUAGCGCGCGGGCUUUUUGCGAGCUUUCUCAUGGAAGGAAUGGAAAAGAUGGGUGAUGCACGAGGACAUUCUAUUAUUGGCAAGCCGGAGAUCGUCACAACAGUUGAUAUCUGAAGUGGCGCUGGAGAAUUUAUGUUGUUGAGGUGGGGGCAAGAAGAAGAUGUUUGAUCCUGUUUAGUGAAUUAACUUCUUUUAGUUGUCAAUUUAUUCACUUCCAUCAAUGGAAAAAGUGAAGAAUUAUUGAGUCAGGGAACUCGCUCACUUAAAUUCUCUCAGAAGAAUGUGUUUGAGGUUGAUGCGGGUGUACGUACAUCUUUCAAGAUUACUAUCAAGGAUGAUGUUCAAAGCAUCUGCCAUGAUGGAUGAUACUUCAUCUCAGUCAUAUGCAUAAAGCUUUUGAGCUGACCUUUCUCGUUUCUUCGCUAGAAAACCUGUUCUGUACUGAUAAGCUGCACAUAAAAGUACCCAUGGGUUCAGGAGGUUGAUAGCCUGCUUGCACACUAUGUUUGUUACUGGGUCCAUAAGCUGAACUGAAACUAAUACAAG